UACAGGAACUGCUGGGAAUACCGAAUCUGCUGUAUGACACUGGGAUAGUCUCCUGUACUGCUGCUGUGUAGGUGCUGAGAGCCUCCUGUGUCGCAUCUUGUUCACAAGCAGAAAAAAAGGGGCUUUUAUAGUUGUCACCCUCAUCCAUCUCUCCCUCCCCAGCAACAACAAUAUCCUUCUCUCUUGUCUCUUUUUUUUUCUCCCCCGUGUUCAUAAUCACAAUUUCCCGUGAGCCUGGGGAACGCGCAGCCCAAAUCCAACAUCAACAGCAACAUGAGCAACAGCAACAAGAAGAAAAAGCAAUGGAAAGAAGAGAAAGACCGGCUGCUAAAGAUGACCCCAGAAGAGAGAAGCAAAAGAAAACUUGAUAAGACACCUGUAUCAAUUAAAGAGAUUCCGUCAUGGAUGGAUGAAGCAAAAAGAAAAACAUCAGAAAAUGAUGAAAACCCAGAACAACAGAGAAGCAGUUUGAGUGAAAAAGUGUCACUUUACAAUGGGGACAUAACAUUGCUAGAAGUAGAUGCCAUCGUAAAUGCUGGUAAGUCACCUGCACUUUAA